UCCAACAGCAGUACAGCACAGCACUCCAACGCCAAGGAGAGUCGCACGCGCCACACGAGAGGAGACGAUGACCUGUGGCCCCUCGCAGCAGUGGCAAACAAGGGGUGAAUAGGCCGUAGCCCGUGGGGAUUGCAGCCGAUUUCGUGUCCCUGCAGCCACGGCCACCGCCCAAUCUCCACUUCUUUAUCUUCUCCGAGUAGGUCGAGGAUGCCCCGCAGCGGCUUCUCGGGGUCCUUCAGGUCGCCCAAGAUCGACGUCGUCAUCGACAUGGGAAACCCCUUCCUCAACCGCACCGUCGACGGCUUCCUCAAGAUCGGCGCCGUCGGCGCCUGCAAGGUGGCUGCCGAGGAGACCUUCGAGUGCCUCCACAGGGGGGAUGUUUCGAAGCACAAGGUUGAGCAUGCCCUGAGGAAGAUGUGCAAGGAGGGCGCAUAUUGGGGCACUGUUGCUGGAGUUUAUGUGGGCAUGGUGUACGGCGUGGAAAGGGUCCGUGGCCGCAGUGACUGGAAGAACGCGAUGAUCGGGGGCGCCUUGUCCGGCGCCCUGAUCUCCGGCGCCAGCAACAGCGACAGAGGCAAGGUCGUCAAGGACGCCAUCACCGCCGGCGCGGUCGCCACAGCCGUCGAGUUCAUCAACUGCAUUACCUAGCCGAGCAAGGAGCAACUGCAUUUGCAGUGCCAUUGUCGUGCAAAAUAUGAAUAAAGUACUUGCCAUGUCCAGCUCAUAAACCACUCCACACCUUCAGUCUUCGUUUCUGACCGGCGGUUUUGCUUUGUGUGAAU